UGUUGGCACAUAGCAUAGCAAUGGCAUAACAUAGUAGUUUUGAUGAUUGCAAGGUCAAAGAAAUAGCAUCUGUAUAAAAUGGGAAAGCAAGAAAAACACAGGAACAGGGAAAGGGAGAGAGUGUCUGUUAUUAAUGUCUCAACCCACCAUUCCGCGACUCCCUCCUUUUCUAAUUUUGAUAUUCAAAUUUUCCAUUCAUUUCUGACCCUUCAAUUCGUUUGUGUCUUUUUAGGGUUUGUCUCUCGGAUCACCCGCUCUUAAAAUUCUCUUCUUUUUUUCCAUUUACAUUUUUUUUUCUUGCCAUGCUGACGGGUGAUGGCCCAGACUUUCUGCACUUAUUUUCAUUUCUACAAACCGUCAGCGAUGAGUCUGUCACGAAACAAUUGAAUUGGGUUGGAUUGUGAAUUCUGAAUUGUCUUCUUUUCUUUUCCUGGCAGAAUCGAUAUUGUUUAUACAUGUUUCUGUCAGAUUGUUGGGUUGAUUUCCCCCCUGGUCAUGCGUCUGAUCAAUUCGGUUCUGGGUUUUGCCAAUCCAAUUUGUUGCUUUUGAUGCUUGAUUAUGAAUAACCUUCUCCUUCUGCAUGCAUUGCAUUUUCCUUUUGAAAGGAUUUUCUGGGUCGCCCUCUGCUGAAGGAAAAAAGUUGACCUUUUUGCCGUAAGAUUGGAGUUAUAAUUAGAAAAUGAAGCUUGUGGUUCGUGUUAUUGAGGCAAAAAACUUGGCGUUGACGGAUACCAAUGGGUUGAUUGAUCUGUACGUGCGGGUGCAGUUGGGGAAACACAAGUUCAAGACCAAAGCGGUAAAAAGUUUGAACCCAAUGUGGGAUGAACAAUUUACUUUUUGGGUCGACGAUCUUAAAGAUUCCCUUAUUGUCUCUGUGAUGGAUGAGGACAAGUUCUUUAAUUAUGACUACGUGGGACGGCUUAAGGUGCCUAUCUCACUUGUUUUUGAAGAGGAAAUUAAAUCCAUUGGUCCUGCUUGGUAUUCAUUGAAAUCCAAAAACAAGAAGUGCAAGAACAAGCCAUUUGGUGAGAUUCAUUUGAGUAUAUUCAUUUCCCAAAAUGGAUCUGGGGAGUCAAAUGACAUCGGUGAUCAGUUAGUACCUCCAAGAAAAUGUCCUGAUGCAAUUACCAAUUCUCCUUCGUUGUCUUCUCUUAGCUUUUCAAACUUGUCUUCUCCUGUAAGGGAAGAAACCGCAUCUUCCAGUUCUAAGGAGGACAAACCUUUUAUGCAUCAAAAUCAAAAAUCGUUUGCUGGCCGAAUUGCUCAAAUAUUUAACAAAGGCACUGAUGUGGCUUCGAUGUCUCCCAGCAGAAGUAUUGACUCAGACCAAUCUGAAACAAGCAAAAUUGAAGUUGGUGGUGAAAUCAAGAUUGAGGAGGAUCAGCCCCCUGUUGAGACUUUCGAAGAAACUAUUAAAAAAAUAGAGUCCGCAGAUCAAGGAAGUGAAAUUCCUAGCAAUUUAUCGGGAGGAGUUCUUAUUGAUCAAUUAUACAUAGUUGCACCGGGAGACUUGAAUACAUUGCUAUUUUCACCUGAUUCUAAUUUUCCCAAGACACUGGCAGAGGUACAGGGUACUACAGAACUGCAAGUUGGUACUUGGAAGUUUGAGAAUGGUGGGGAGACCCCAAAAAGAUCGCUUUCUUACCUCAAGGCAGCCACUAAAUUAAUCAAGGCUGUCAAAGGCUACGAGGACCAGACAUAUUUAAAGGCUGAUGGGAAGAACUUUGCGGUUUUCGCCAGUGUCAGUACUCCAGAUGUUAUGUACGGCAGCACCUUUAAGGUAGAAUUACUUUAUGUAAUCACACCUGGACCGGAGUUGCCAUCAGGGGAACAGUGUUCACGUCUGGUGAUAUCUUGGCGAAUGAACUUUGUACAGAGCACCAUGAUGAAAGGAAUGAUAGAAAGCGGAGCUCGGCAAGGUAUGAGGGAAAGCUUUGAUCAAUAUGCUAUUUUGUUAUGUCAGACUGUAAAGGCUGUUGUCUCAAAGGACCUUGGUUCUAGUAAGGAACAGGCUUUGGCAACAUUACGACCAGAGCCUCAGUCAGAUUGGAGGCUGGCACUGCAAUAUUUAGCUAACUUCCAAGUAUUCUUAGCAUUCUUAAUGGUCAUGUCCGUGUUUGUGCAUAUGUGGCUGGCAUCUCCUAGGCUAAUUCAAGGGCUUGAAUUUGUUUGGCUUGACCUCCCAGAUUCUAUUGGGGAAUUUGUUGUAUGUGUUGUCUUGGUUCUUCAAGGUGAAAAAGUAUUCGGUCUAAUCUCACGCUUCAUGCAAGCCAGAGCACGAAAGGGUAGUGAUCAUGGAAUUAAAGCACACGGAGCAGGAUGGAUGCUAACUGUGGCCAUAAUAGAAGGAAGCAAUUUAGCUAUUGCUGAAUCUAAGGCAUUUUGUGAUCCAUAUGUUGUGUUUACUUGCAAUGGAAAAACAAGAACCAGCUCAAUCAAGUUCAAGAAAUCUAGUCCUUUAUGGAAUGAAAUAUUUGAAUUUGAUGCAAUGGAUGAUCCUCCUUCCGUGCUGGAUGUGGAUGUUUAUGAUUUUGAUGGACCUUUUGAUGAAGUUACAUCUCUAGGACAUGUUGAAAUCAAUUUUCUUAAAACAAACAUCUCAGAUCUUGCUGAUAUAUGGGUUUCCCUUGAAGGAAAGUUGGCUCAGGCAAGUCAGUCUAAGUUGCACUUAAGAAUUUUCUUGAACAACACUAGACGCGGGGAUGUUGUAAAACACUAUAUAAGUAAAAUGGAGAAAGAGGUGGGGAAGAAGAUUAAUUUGCGGUCUCCUCAAACAAAUUCAGCCUUUCAGAAACUCUUUGGGCUUCCACCUGAGGAAUUUCUCAUCAAUGACUUCACCUGUCAUUUGAAAAGAAAAAUGCCCCUACAGGGUCGACUGUUUGUUUCAGCAAGAAUAAUUGGUUUCCAUGCAAACUUGUUUGGACACAAGACAAAAUUCUUCUUGCUCUGGGAGGACAUUGAAGACAUUCAGGUUAUUCCUCCUACAUUUUCAUCAAUGGGAAGUCCAAUAAUUGUCAUCACUCUUUGGCCAGGAAGAGGUGUGGAUGCAAGGCAUGGUGCAAAAACACAAGAUGAAGAUGGCAGACUGAAGUUCCGGUUCCAAUCCUUUGUGUCUUUCAAUGUUGCAAACAGGACUAUCAUGGCUCUCUGGAAGGCCAGAUCCUUGAGUCCUGAGCAGAAAGUUCAGUUAGUAGAAGAAGACUCUGAAACUAAAGGCCUUAGAAGCGAUGAGAAUGGGUCAUUCAUCGGUCUUGGUGAUGUCAGCAUGUCUGAGGUUCAUUCUGGUGCACUUUCUGUUCCUGCCAGUUUCUUGAUGGAGCUAUUUAGUGGGGGUGAGUUGGACCGAAUGUUCAUGGAAAAAUCUGGCUGUGUUAAUUAUUCUUAUACCCCUUGGGUAUCUGAGAACAGUGGUGUAUAUGAGAGGGCAGUGUAUUAUAAGUUUGAGAAGCGGAUUUCACGUUAUAGAGUUGAAGUAACGAGCACUCAGCAGAAAUCUACUUUGGAAGGAGGAAAGGGUUGGCUGUUGCAAGAGGUUAUGAACUUCCAUGGAGUUCCCCUUGGUGAUUUUUUCAAUUUGCACAUUCGCUAUCAAAUUGAGGAUUUGACUCCAAAGGCAUGUAAAGUACAGGUAUUGUUUGGAACUGAAUGGCUGAAAAGUACAAAACAUCAGAAAAGGAUUACAAAGAACAUCCUAAAAAAUCUGCAAGAACGCUUAAAGUUGACAUUCAGUCUAGUUGAGAAGGAAUUUUUGGCUAAAUAACGAAUGAAUCAUCAUACGGAAUUUAACCUCUUACAAUUAGGAAAG